AUGACCGUGCAGGAGCUGAAGACGCAGUCUGACAGUUCGUUUGCAUUCGUCAACGAAGCACGCUCGUCCAUCGACGACGUGCAAACACUGCGCACUACCAUAUCCACAUCGCUUCAAGGCAUGGCCCCGUACAUAGAAGGCGGCGCAGAAUGGACAAAAGUGAGGGAAAUGAAGAAUAUCAUGAGUACCUUAGAGCUUGAGUGCUCUAAGAGCGAACAAGUUGCUGAUCUCCUUCGAGAUCGCCUGCAGUCCGUCGGAGGAGAGUUAAGCGAAGCGAUGAGCCGUGUCACGGAGCUGGAAGCGGCCCAGGCGGAAGACCGCGUUGCGCUGUCCCGGGCGAACACUGCAAUGACGCGCACUGCCGAAGAGCUGUCUUCUAUCAUGGCCGGCGCCAAGAAACAACAAGGCGAGCUGUACGAUACGCUAGCCGUAGCCGCAGAGUCUGAGGCAAAGGCACAAACCGCAACUAUGAGGAUACAAGAACUCCAGGAGACCUUGCGCGUCAAGGACGAGGAGCUACAGGCGCUGCAGAAUGUUCGACCCGAGGUCGCACGACUGCAAACCAUCCUCCUAGAAAAGAAUGCCCUCAUCGCGAAGCAAGAAAGCAACAAAAUCCAGAUUCCUCAACUCAAAGCUACUGUAAACGAGUUGGAAAUUAGGAUCGCUGAACUCACCACACUCGCGUCCAGCAAGGAAGCUGCGAUAACUGACCUUCAGUCACGGAUCGCGCAUAUGGAGGCCGAACUAGACGGAAGGAACGCAGAAGCGAAGACCCUUGCAGAGGAGCUGGGCACUAUCAAAGCUCGCGAACAGACAUUGACGACGGACAAUGGAAGACUGCACGACGAGAAGCGCACACUGACCGAGAAGCUCGAUGACCUAGAGGCCACUCUUGCACGCGCUCGGCAAGAGUUGGAAACACGUUCUGAAAGGCUGCAGGCGGCGAAUGCACGGUCACAGACGUUCGAGGAACGAUUCGAAGACCAGUCGGUCACCCUACGUAUCACCAGGGAAGCUGCAGGUGAUGCACAGGAGCGUUUGCUUGCGGCAGAGAUGUUGCACGCGAAACAACUUGCGGAUGUCACAGCCAGACUCGAACAAGAGAUCGCGAUAUUGCGGGAGCAGAAACUCGGAUCGCAAGCAACCAUCGACGUCAUGAAUGCCGCGCUGAAGCGCCAUGAACGCACACUUCAGGUCAUGCAAGAAGAGCAUGCUGACCGUCUGAAGGAACAAUCUGCUUCACACGUAGAACGCUUACACCAAGAGGAGAAACAUCUCCAGCAACUCGUCGACAAUCUCGCAGACUCGCGGGCACGCAUCGAAUCCUCGGAAGGAAACGUCCGCCGACUCGAGGGCGAGAUCGUUGGCUUGCGUCUUGAGCUGAAGGAAGCCCAAUUGCCCUCUCCAGAGACAGAGGCCGAGCUACGUACUCUCAGAUCCCGAGUCUCGACCUUGGAGGGUGCAGAGAUGAUGAACACUGUUCGUGCGAAGACAAUCGAGUCUAGAUAUCGCACCGGAGACCUUAAUGACGAGGAGAAAGCUUUCAUCAAUACCCUGGUGCGCACCUCGCAAGCGAUUCACGAACAAGAGCUCGUCGCCAAUAGGAAUGAGCUGCGUCGCCGCGACAACGCCCUAAAGGAGACGCGGGCCAAGGUGCAUCUUUUAGAGAGCACCCUGGCGAAACAUCUCACUGCGCCGAAGCCGAAACCUGCACCUCCUACGGUAAUUGACCACUCUAUGAUAGACCCAACGGCGUGGAUGUCCUCGGGACAGAGCAGCUCUCCUGUUCAUGCACCUGACCGCGAUGGACAGCUCGACGUUGACGUCGUAGUCCCGGCCAAAGCAGCGCCUGUUGCUAGCAGAGUCGGUCAAAUAACACCUGCUCAAACGGACUCUGCGCAACCACAAUCGGCACUGAAUCGGGCUCAGACUCUUAAGGGCCCAGUUAGAAAGACUCCUCCAACAGCCGGUGCGGCCACCUACGCAAAAAGGGGGAACUUCAGCCGACUUGCAACAGACUGUUCCGACGAGAUCCUGGACUUCGACGACGAUGGCGUUCGGAAGCCGUCUCCGACGUCUUCUCUAGGCAAGAGAAGCAAGCCAAGUUCACCGCCUCAGCAGGCCGACGCACAUGGUAUACCCAAGCCUCUCAAGCGUUUGAGAACCACCGCUCGCAAGGCGGAGGCCGCUGAUAACGAUACCUCUGUUAGCGCGACAUCGAAGAGGGUUGUUCAACCAAGGGACUCUAAGAACAGGCCUCGCAAACGCCGCUAG